AUGGCCCUGGACUUCAUAGCGGGAUGUAUUGGAGGUUGUGCCGGUAUCAUUGCUGGCCAUCCAUUAGACACUUUAAAGGUCCACGUACAAUCUGGUAGAGGCAGUCCGAUGGAAUGUGCCAAAGCACUUUUGAAAGGAGGAACUUUGUCAAUGGCUUACCGAGGAGUAUAUGCGCCUAUAGGAGGCGUAGCAGGAAUAAAUGCAAUCGUUUUUGGAACAUAUAAAAAUAUAAGGCGAGCUAUGCCUAAUCCAGACUCUCUGACAUCGCACGCCGUUGCUGGCGGGACCGCGGGUAUGUUACAGAGCUUUGCAUGUGCCCCUGUAGAACUUGUAAAAACAAGACAGCAGUUGGCUAAAGCCGGUAUGCCAGAAGGAGCCUGGGCUGGAGCGAGACAUGUUUUACGAACUGGAGGAUACAGGAGCCUUUUUCGAGGAUUGGUAAUUACUAUUGUACGCGAUAGCCCAUCUUUUGCGGUAUACUUCACAGCUUACGAAGCUAUGACUCGUGGAAGCCAAUCAGCAAUGCAAGUUUUCGCCGCAGGCGGUAUAGCUGGAGUGAUAUCAUGGAUACUUUUUUAUCCUAUAGACGUUAUCAAAUCGAGAAUUCAAGCUGACACAAAUGGAUUGUAUAAGGGAUCUUGGGAUUGUUUUUUGAAAUCGGUGCGUACAGAUGGAUGGCGUUGCUUGGGACGUGGACUUGGUGCCGUAACAUUACGUGCUUUUAUAAGCAACGGAGCGUGUUUCACAGCAGUUGCAUGGACUGAACGUGCAUGGAAUAAAAUUUUAUCUGGUGAAUCACUGGUUAAAGCUUCUACUAUAAGCGAAGCUAUGAAACAAUGUGAAAGUGCAGAAUACCAGUAUGACAGAUGAAGAAAAAAAAGUUAUUGUCAUAUCUUCGACAAGAGUACUCCAAUAAAGAUAAAAUAUUACUGUCUUGAAACAGAAACAACACACAAACACAACGACAUCAAGUAAGAAGCAUAAUUCCUACUUCUAAAAGACAGUUUUCAGUCUCACCGUAUACAAAUUGUUUGUGUAAUUAAUGCAAUAACAAUAAUUUACUUACAAAGUUUUUAUCAGUGACAAAUAAACAUUAAGAAGAUAAUAUAUGAAAUUAAUACUGGUGUAUGAACCUCGAGUGUUGCAAUUUUUGUUAUGAUUGACCGUUUGAUGUAUAUUAAAUCACUAUUUUUUAGAUAUUAUAUAUUAUUACCGAAAAAACAUUAUUAUGAAUAUGAGUUUUAUUAUAAAUAAGAGUAUUGCAUAGUAUAAUUAAUAUGUGUUUUAAUAAAGUGGGUAAAUUUGUAACUUUA